AAAAUCUGGCAACGCGUGCGUCGUUUAAAAAUGGACGCUGCCAGCAGUUCGAGCACGCCGGAGGCGCCGAAUAAUGUGCGGGAAAUCAAUUUCUCGGAGUUGAUGGGCUUGCUUAUAGGGCCGAACAAGCGAGUUAAGGAGAACAUUGUGUUUCCCCCCGGUCUGUUUCCACACAAGAUCAAAACUAAGGAUGAACUGCGCGUGGAAGCUGUGUUUGAAAGCUGCGCCUUCAAGACCGGCAUCAGCUGUGUUCUCGGUGGCGCAUUCGGAGCGGCGCUCGGACUUUUCUCGGCCAGCGUGGACCCAAAUGUCACCGGCGGUGCUGUGGACCCUUCGAAGAUGACGGUGCGGCAGGUGUUUUCAGAUAUGAAGGCGAAGUCCGUGUCUUACGCCAAGAACUUUGCCAUUGUCGGCGCCAUGUUCGCUGCCAUCGAGUGCACCAUUGAGUCGCAUCGUGCAAAGACAGACUGGAAAAACGGCACCAUGGCUGGGGCACUAACUGGAGGACUAAUAGGAUUUCGAGCCGGUCUAAAGCCGGGCCUCCUGGGUGCCGCAGGAUUUGCAGCAUUCUCAACAAUUAUUGACUACUACCUCCGAUGACACCUAGUCAAGCUAAUGUGUACAUACUAUAGUAAAUAU